AUGAGCUAGGUAGACAGCGAGUUCUUGGUUUUAUUUUUAAAUCAAUUAGUUAAUAACGAAGUUUUUGCAGAAAAGGGUUUCAUUAAAAAGCUCUAGUUAGUUGCAGAAAGCAUUUAGAAUGAUUAGGCUUAAAAGAAUGUUGAUAUUGCUAUCUCUUCUUUAAAGUAAUUUAUACAAAAAAAUAUGGAGGAGUUCAAGGAAAAUGAAGAGCUCAAGAUUUUAUCACCCAUGAAAUAGCUCAAAGUCAAACGUUUGUAUGUAGACGGAUGCUUUGAUCUCAUGCAUUCAGGUCAUUUCAAUGCCAUAAGAUAGGCUAAAUAAUACUGCGAAACUCUUGUUGUUGGUGUCAUUGCCCAAGAAGAAAUCACCAAGAGAAAAGGUCCUCCCGUUCUCAGUUAUGAAGAAAGAGUUGGAAUCGCUAAGGCUUGUAAAUGGGCUGACGAAAUCUGCGAACAUGCUCCUUAUGAUCCAACUAUUGAGCUUAUUGAUCGUCUCAACUGUAGUCAUGUCGCCCACGGAGACGAUAUGAUCGUUGGACCUGAUGGCUGUGAUGCUUAUUCCCCUUUUAAGAUCUCAAACAGAAUGAUAACUUUCAAGAGAACUGAAGGUAUUUCUACCACUGAUAUCGUAGGUAGACUUCUAUUGAUGACCAAGAAUUAAUAGAGUAUUGAAAUAAAAAAAAUUCGUAAAUUAAGUGGAGAACAAGGAAUUACAGCAAGCAAAAUUGAAUCUUUGGAAAACACAACUAACAUUAAAGAAGUUGAUGAAUCUACUGCUGUCAAACUAAAACUUUUGAACACCACAAAGAGAAUUAGAUAAUUCAGUUAAGGAAACAGAGAACCAAAAGAAGGAGAUAAAAUUGUUUAUAUUGAUGGCUCUUUUGAUAUGCUUCAUAUUGGCCACAUUGAAACUUUAAAGAAAGCCAAAGAACUCGGAGACUACCUUAUUGUUGGUUUACAUGAUGAUGAAACUGUUUAGGAAAAGAAAGGAAGCAAUUAUCCUGUUUUGACCCUUUAAGAAAGAGUUCUUAAUGUUUUGGCUAUGAAGUAUGUUGAUGAAGUUAUUAUUGGUGCUCCCUGGUAGCCAACAGAAUAAUUAAUAAAGCAAUUUAACAUCAGUAUAGUUGUUGAAGGAACAAUGACUAAGCUAAAAGAAAACAAGCCAGAAGUUAUUGAACAAGAUCCUUAUUUAGUUCCCAAAAAAUUAGGUAUUUUCAAGCAAAUCGAAUCCUCAAACGACAUGACCACUGAUAAAAUAGUUGAAAGAAUCAUUGAAAACAGAUUGAGAUUCCUUGAAAUUUACAAUGUCAAAAACAAAAAGUAAGACUUGUACUAUGAAUAAGAAAGAAAAGUUAAAGAAGUCUGA